AUGAACGGUUCCUCUCGUACUAAUCUUGUUGUGCCUCAACCAUACCGGGACAAUAAGGGAGUGACGGUGAUGAGCAUGAUGGAGGUGAUUCCUGGUCAGCAGUUAAAGACAUUUGAGCUGUUUGCAUAUCUGGAUUACUUCCCCAACAGGAUGAUGGCUGCUUGGACCCGACAUUCGGAAACGCUUCAGAGGAUCAAGUUGGACAACUGUCGUACGCUUGCCAGUGCGGUCCUCAGGACGGCAGUUAUGAACUGUCGGGCGCUGGAAAUUCUUGAGCUCACGGAAUUUUACUCCAGCAUGUGUUGUGUGACGCUGGAGGAUGCCACCAUGGAUAAGUGGGCAUGUACUAGGAUCCAGACUCUGAACAUCCCCGUCAAGUUGACCCCCAACGGUAAGAGCCCCGUAUACCUGACCGAUCCAAGCAAGGAGUGGUGGCGUAACGUGGUGCUACUGAAAUAG